AUCGCGAUGAAUACCUAAAGAAGAAUCUUCCAGAAGGCAAACAAAAUUUAACAGCAGAUGAAAUGAGCGUGUUCUACAAAGCUUUCCUAGACAAAAACUGGAAGACUCACAUCCAGUACAACAUAGAAUGCAGCUCUACCUAGUUACGCACCAGGAGAAUAUAUUCUUAAAAAGUCGCAUAAAGAAAUUGACAAAAGAUAAAGAAGAGGCCGUUAAUAAUUUCCUGAGCUUAAUAAAUGAAGUAUGCCAAUCCAGUGAUCUCAAGCUGAAGACGUAUUGUACUAAUUUCAUCGUGAACAACAAACAUAACAUAUUGGCUUUUGACGUAAAUGCCGAUUUCCUAAAAGUUUUGCAGAGAACUAGUACAUCAACCGCUUCUUCGUCAGAAUGGUUAAUGCCUAAAAAAGCAGUCAUCACCUUAACUGCUACUAAAAGUUUGCCUACCACAAGUGUCAGCGAGCUUCCUCAUCAAGACUUGGGAAUUAUGCCUCUUUUGCCGGAAGAGCCAAAGCCAAAACUUCGAGGGUUGCCCGGGGAAUACGUGUGGACUGUAAAGGACAGAAAUGGUAUCAUCGAAAAGUUAUACGAAUAUGAUUACGGAUACGAUUUUGAUAAUGGCGACACUAUUAGACGAAUCAGACAGUAUUCUGUUUAUCACGAUAAUGAUUGUCUGCUAGAUUUUUCAAAUUCCAGAUCCACAACAAUCUUUCACAAACCUGCUGAAAAUAUGGAAAAUGCAAAUAUACAAUGGGGAUCGCAUUUCCAAUUUCCUUUUCAUCGAAAUUUUUUAACCAAUUCGCCAGUUUUUCAGAAGUUUUUACAGAACAACAAAAACAAUGUAGUUGUGACUAGAUCAAUGUCACCUGCGCCUCCGCUUUUAUGUGGAUAAAUCCCCAUUUUUCUAGAAGAUUUUGCUUUUUGAAUUGAGUGUAUUUGAGAGAAAAUAAACUUUAUUUAUUUACACGUUUUUUUCUUGAUUUUAUAAAAAAGUACACGAAAAAC